CUGCCUGGGAGGGUGAGCCGGCUGCCCCUGGGACGUUUCCGCCGCGUCCCCGACCGAUCGCGCUGCCCCGAGGGCGCGGCGGGGCCCGGCGCGGAGCCCAUGGCCGGCGGGGCAGCCGGGGAGCCGGGGGCGGCGGCCUCUGCGGCGCCCGAGACCCGCGAACACCUCUUCAAGGUGCUGGUCAUCGGCGAGCUCGGCGUGGGCAAGACCAGCAUCAUCAAGCGCUACGUGCACCAGCUCUUCUCGCAGCACUACCGCGCCACCAUCGGCGUGGACUUCGCCCUCAAGGUGCUGAGCUGGGACAGCCGGACCCUGGUGCGCCUGCAGCUCUGGGACAUCGCGGGUCAGGAGCGGUUUGGCAACAUGACUCGAGUAUACUACAAGGAAGCUGUUGGUGCUUUUGUCGUCUUUGAUAUAUCAAGAGGUUCCACAUUUGAGGCAGUGUUAAAAUGGAAAAAUGAUCUGGAUAGUAAAGUUCAUCUUCCCAGUGGGAGCCCUAUCCCUACUGUCCUCCUAGCUAACAAAUGUGACCAGAGUCGGGACAGUGGCCAUAAUCCUUCUCAGAUGGACCAGUUCUGCAAAGACCAUGGCUUUUCUGGAUGGUUUGAAACUUCUGCCAGGGAUAAUAUAAACAUAGAAGAAGCUGCUCACUUGCUGGUGGAGAAUAUUCUUGCAAACUGUAAGAACUUUCCUAGUGAAGACAGCGAUGUGGACAAAAUUAAACUGGAUCAGGAGACCUUGAUGGGAGAGCGUAGAGCACAGUGCUGCUAGUUGGCCUUUGCUUUCCCUGUUCCUGCCUCAGUCCUGAGUACGUGCUGAGGAUGGUCAGGUGUUGCUAUGGGCUGUGAAUCUCCCACCUGUGUCCUUCACAGUCCAGUUCCACAAGGCUUCUCUGGCCAUUUAAAAGCAGAACAGGUGGAGAAGUAACCCCACUCAUGUUUCUGUGACUUAACAGAUGACCCUAGGCUUUUGUUGCUGUCACCAUCCUGUGGAGGAUAAUAUUUACAUCCUUUUAAACAUCUUUGUAAGUGACUUCCUAGUUGAAGUUUUUAGUGUAAGCACUGAGGUGGUAAGAGAACUCCCCUGCAGUGCUCCUAUAAUGUUGAGUCUGUAUCUUCGUUUCCAUAGUCCAUCUUCACUCUUCAAGAGAUUUUUAGACGCUGUUAGCCACAGGCACUCGAAGUUAUUGUUUAGAAACUAUUUUCUAUUCAAAACUAGGGUACUUUGUAUAAAUUUUUUUUCCCUUAAAUGUCGUGAGUCCACCAGUCAUGGCUGGUGUGGCAUGUGGUCACACCUCUUAAAACUGUUGUUACCCUUUCUAAUGUCUCAGAAAAGGAUUCCUGCCAAGUCUGUACUGUGGAGGUCUCCUUCUGGACCACUUGCUACCACUUGGAAACAAUAUAAAUGAAUGUUUUUUCUCUCUCCCUAGUCCUGUCUCUUCUCUCUUCAGUGUCUUUAUGUUUGCAACCAAGGGCCUUAUUGAUAUUACUAUGCCAUUUCUCUCUUCCUAGAGUUGAAGAGUACUUUUCAAGAGUACUUUUCUGAUCUGUAAUGGUUAUAGUCAAGAAGAGAAUUUAUUUGAAAGCACUUACAAUUAAAUCUGAGCUUCUGAAGUACAAAUUGUGAAAGAAAUUAGGUCAUGUAUGAUUUUAUAUAAAAUUUGGGACAUUUAUAGUGUAAUGGUUGAAAACUUCAUCAAUGUUUUAUUGUCAUUAAACCCAGUGAAGGAAAAGAAUAAAUAUUUUAAGUGAAA